AUGGCAACCCCGCUCCCAGUCAAAGAUGUUCCUCAUCUCCCUAUUCCCGCGAAAGGUGUUGACUACCGGGGAAAGAUAGUUCUCGCUCCCAUGGUUCGCUCCGGGGAACUUCCAUCACGUCUUCUGGCUCUCAAAUACGGUGCUGACCUGGUAUGGGGUCCGGAGACGGUUGAUCGAUCUAUGAUUGGAACUACUCAAAAUACCAACCCUCGCACUGGCUGCAUAGAAUGGACGCGGACAUCCAACAACAAUUCAACAAGUGUGAUAUACCGCAUUGAUCCACAGAGAGAGUCGGACAAAUUAAUUUAUCAAAUUGGCACCGCUUCGCCCGACUACGCCGUUCAAGCUGCGACACUUGUUGCUCCGUAUGUUCGUGGGAUCGACGUGAAUGCUGGGUGUCCAAAGCCUUUCUCUACUUCAGGAGGCAUGGGCGCGGCACUACUUCGGACUCCUGAUCGUCUGUGCAACAUCCUCACAGCUCUCGUCACGAAAGUGGGAACGCCUCAUGAGAUCGGUAUCAGCGUCAAGAUUCGGUUAUUAGAGACACCUGAACUGACCUCGGAGCUCGUCAACAAACUGUGUAAAACUGGCAUCAUCGGCUUGACCAUUCAUUGCAGAACUACGCCAAUGAGACCGCGAGAGCGCGCUAUCAGGGAUCAACUCCGGAUGAUCGGUGAUAUAUGUAGAAGCCAUGGAGUCGCUUGCUUGAUGAACGGAGACGUGAGAUCUCGUGAGGAAGGGUUGGCUUUGGCAACGGAGUAUGGGGUCGAUGGGGCAAUGAUCGCCACAGCCGCCGAAGCCAACUCAUCAGUUUUUCGCAGCAAGGAGAACGGUGGAUUGGCACCGUGGCGAGAGGUGGUCAAAGAGUAUUUGCAGCUUGCGAUGAGUGUCGAGAACAAAUGGGGUAACACGAAAUUUCUCUUGUCCCAGCUCAUGCCUGGAAAGAAUCCCGCAUACCAACCGGUUCAAAAGUCGCGAAGCUAUCAAGAAGCCAUUUUGCUAUUGGAGAUCUCUGAUCCCGAGAUGGUGGCGAAGGCAGCAGAGAUCGAUCACAUUCUUGGUCUGGGAACUCCACAAACAACCAAAGCAGAUAUCAAGCGACAGCACAGACAGGAGAACCGAGAGAACCAUUUAAAGAAACAAGAAAAGAAGAGGGUCCUGGAACAAAGAAGUGACGAGAACGAACACAUUCACCAGGAGCGGAACAAGAAGCAAAAGGGCGAAAUCGCAGCAGAGAAUGCAGGAUUCGAUGGAGUUGGCCAGGGUGCUUUGGCGGUAACAGCGUGA